AAGCCAACCUCAUAGAGAGCACAAACCCAACCACAACAGCUAGCCAUGAGUCCUCCGGCCGCCACCUUCGCCGGCUACCAAACCCGGCACGCCGUCUGCAUCCCUUACCCAGCCCAGGGCCACAUAAACCCCAUGCUCCAGCUAGCCAAACUCCUCUACUCCCACGGCGGCUUCCACAUCACCUUCGUCAACACCGAGUACAACCACCGCCGCCUCCUCAAGUCCCGGGGCGGCGGCGCCGCCUUCUUCGACUCUCUCCCGCCGGGUUUCAACUUCCAGGCGAUCCCCGACGGCCUCCCCCCUCCGCCCACAACCGACGCCACCCAGGAUAUCGCUCUGCUGAGCGACUCCACUUCCAAAACCUGCUUGGCUCCAUUCCGCGACCUCGUUGUGAAGCUAAACGACGCCGCUUCCUCAUCCUCACCUGCCGUUAGCUGUAUCGUGGCGGAUGGCGCGAUGACUUUCACUCUGGAAGUAGCCAAGGAGCUGGGGAUCCCGGAGGCGCUUUUCUGGACGCCCAGCGCAUGUGGAGUUUUGGCCUACGCUAAUUACCACCUUCUUGUCCAACGAGGCUUCUUCCCUCUUAAAGAUUCGAGUUACUUGACCAACGGAUACCUAGAGACACCCCUAGACUUCAUUCCAGGAAUGAGCAACAACAUCCGCUUGAAAGACCUCCCAUCUUUCCUCAGAACCACGAACCCGAACGAUAUCAUGUUCAAUUUCGUCCAAAAGGAGAUCUCGAAGCUCCCCGAGGCAACCGCUUUCCUUAUCAACACAUUCCAACUCUUAGAAAAAGAUGUCCUAGCAGCUCUCUCCCAACUUUCCCCAAAUCUCCUCACCAUCGGCCCACUCAACUUACUACUCCGUCAAGUCGUUGUCGGAGGAGACGAACUAAGGAACGUCACCACAAAUCUAUGGACGGAGCAUCCCGAGUGUGUCGAAUGGCUGGACUCCCAGCAACCCAACUCCGUUCUCUACGUGAACUUCGGGAGCAUUACCGUGAUGAAUCCUGACCAGUUGAACGAGUUCGCAUGGGGCCUGGCGAGCAGUGAGAUAUCUUUCUUGUGGGUCGUCAGGCCGGACCUUGUGUCCGGUGAAUCAGCAGCUCUGCCUCCUGAGUUCGUCGACGAAACCAAGGACAGAGGGUUAUUGGUGGGGUGGUGCUCCCAAGAGCGUGUUCUAGACCAUCCUGCGAUUGGAGGGUUUUUGAGCCAUAUGGGCUGGAACUCUACGAUGGAGAGCUUGUCGCAUGGUGUGCCGAUGAUAUGCUGGCCUUUCUUCGCGGACCAGCAAACGAAUUGCUUCUACGCUUGUAACGAGUGGGGAGUUGGGAUGGAGAUUGACCCGAACGUGAAGAGGGAUCAAGUGGAGGAGCUGGUGAGAGAGGUGAUGGGCGGGGGAAAGGGGAAAGAAAUGAAGAGGAGAGCCGUGGAGUGGAAAAACAAGGCGAUUGAAUCCACUGUCCCAGGUGGUUCCUCCUAUCAAAAUGUGGAAAGAUUGAUUCACUUGUUGUCGUAGAGAAAAAUGACAAGUUAGAUUAAAGGAAAUAAAUAAAAAGCUCUCAUGUUCAGGUUUUACGUUUGUUGCGUGUCUUGUUUGACUUUUCGUAUCACUUAAAGUAUAAUAACACUGCUUAUCUCAUGACAAAAAAAAUCUCUCUCAUCAUUGGGUCUUUAGUUGGGUGACCAACGG